CUCACUCACCCUCAAGAAAAGAACCCAUCCCUUCAUUGAAUUUGCCCUAUCGCUAAUUCCUAAUCCUGCCAGCUACCAUUCCUCUAGUUGCUUUUUCUGGAUCUUUCUCCCUGCCACCUCACUUGCUCUGGCCGUGGGGUUGGCGCUCGUGCAUCUUCUGGGGUCACCGCUCGUUGUCCGCUCGUUGUCCGCUCGUUUGCCCCUUUGCUUCUCCCCUUUCUGGCUUCGUCUUGUCUCAGUCUUUUCCUCUACUUUCACCACCGCUGAUUGCCUCCUAGUUGGGACGACGCGGUAAACAUGGAUCCCAACAGCAACAACAACAACAAUGGCAACAAUAAUAACAAUCGUCUUCACCUGAAUUUCGGGUUCAAUGAUCGCCAGUACAACCCGGCCAGUAACCGCGCCUAUCCCACCACCCCCUCCGCCUUUCCUCAGCCUAUCUACCAGUCCUCCGGCGCCCAUGACUACAUUGACUCUCAAAAUAGCCCCUAUGGUCAGGGAUAUUUCGUGAAUAGCAACCCAUAUACCCAGCAAGGUCAAUACUAUGGCCAGCAGAACUUGCAGUCCCCGCAACCUGCCUACCACAUGGGAUACAGUGCCAAUGACGGUACCAACGGGCUCAUCCAGCAGUUUUCCAACCAGGACCUCAAUUCAAAUCGUGGAAAUUUUUACGCUCGUUCUGCUUCUCCAGGCCAGCGGCCCCGUGCUACUGGACCACCAGCUGCUCCACAGCAGUAUCCCGGUCAUUUGGGCCCUUCCACGUCGCGCAGCCCGCGAGCCCAGCCCGAGGAAGAACUUCAACGCAACCCAGACCGGUUUGCAGAUAAUGUGCAUAAGCGAGGAAAGGCGGCCAAGGAAUUGGUAAAUGUGUUCUUCCAUGAGAACAUUGAACGUGCGCGUGACCGCAAUAUGCGUUCUGCGGAGCUCGACAAGCUGAUUCGCAACCCCGCCAUUCCAAAAGAGAAGAAGCGCCAGGAGGCUGGGCUUGCGGCGAAGAAGGAGUCGAAUUUCCUUCGAUUCCUCCGUACCAAGGAAACACCAUCCAACUUCCAGACUAUCAAGGUCAUUGGAAAGGGUGCGUUUGGCGAGGUGAAACUGGUGCAAAGAAAGUCGGACGGCAAGAUCUAUGCUCUUAAAUCUCUGAUCAAGACCGAAAUGUUCAAGCGCGAUCAGUUGGCCCAUGUUCGUGCUGAGCGUGAUAUCAUGGCUGAUUCAAAGGACAAUCCAUGGCUUGUGAAGCUGCACGCAUCUUUUCAAGACUCCGCCUACCUCUACCUGCUGAUGGAGUUUUUGCCUGGUGGUGACUUGAUGACAAUGCUUAUUAAAUACGAGAUCUUUUCCGAAGAUAUCACGAGGUUCUAUAUGGCAGAACUCGUCAUGGCCAUCGAGGCGGUUCACAAACUUGGGUUCCUCCACCGUGACAUUAAGCCAGAUAACAUCCUUCUUGAUCGCGGUGGUCAUGUGAAACUCACUGAUUUUGGUCUUUCGACGGGUGGAAAGAAGACACAUGACAAUGCAUACUAUCAGAAUCUCCUAAAGAACACUUCGAAAGACAAGAAUCGUAACUCGGGCUACUUCAAUGAUGCGAUCAACCUGACGGUGUCCAACCGCGGGCAAAUCAAUACCUGGAGAAAGUCCCGUCGAGCGAUGGCAUACUCGACUGUCGGAACUCCUGACUACAUUGCGCCCGAGAUUUUCAAUGGACAAGGGUAUACUUAUCUUUGCGACUGGUGGUCUGUUGGUGCCAUCAUGUUUGAAUGUCUUGUCGGUUGGCCUCCUUUCUGCGCUGAGGAACCUACCGACACGUACCGCAAAAUUGUGAACUGGAGGGAAUGCCUCUACUUCCCCGAAGAGCUCGUAUUAUCUCACAAUUCCGAGUCGCUAAUUCGAAGUUUCCUGUGUGACCCCGAGCAUCGUAUUGGUAACGAGGGCGGCCAGCAUGGAGGUGCAACUCAGAUAAAGAACCACCCCUUCUUCCGCGGUGUCAUCUGGGAUCAGCUUCGUAAUAUCCGUGCUCCGUUCGAACCAAGACUUAGCUCGAAUAUCGAUGUGUCGUACUUCCCCAUUGAUGAAAUUCCUCAGGAAGACACAAGUGCCAUUCACCGCGCUCAGGCCCGUGCCAUGCCCGAAGAGCAGGAAGCAGAGAUGAGUCUCCCAUUCAUUGGAUAUACAUAUAAAGCAUUCAACGCUUUCCAGAACAGCUAGAAGACGUAUCAGCACAUGUGGAUUUGUUUGGCAGGUAUAUCGGGGAUGGCAAAUCUGGGUGAGAAGUCAUAGAGCAGGCAGGCUUGCAUUGAUGUCUUCUCAAUAGCUUAUCUGGGCCCCAACUUGGUUGGUAUUGUUCAUUGGUUGGCAUUUCGAGCAUUUACUGUGAGGUCGACUCCCUUGUUUUUAAUGACCUUGUGCAUCUUGACAUUUGUCACAAAGCGCAAGUCGCACGUUGACAUGUUGAUAAGAUACAACUCUUUUUCGGCAUACUACAUGAUACAUGUUGAAUUUGGUCCCUCUGCAAGCCCCUUUCUAGCUGUGCCCUGAGCUCCAGCAUAAGUGUCCAUAUCAGAAGCGUUUGCGCUAUGCAUGGUCUAUUUUCAUUACCAUCCGGGAUAUAUUAGACUCGGGAAAAUACGCAGUAGAUGGACCAAC